AUGGUCAGAGAGUUUGAGAAGUGUGGAAAUUCAACUAUUGAGAUGUGUGUCAUGGCCGAGAUCCACUCUUCAGUGCCAGCCCCCCGGGGCACCAUCACCCCCAAGCGCCAGCCCCCUGGGACACAAUCACCCCCAAGCCCCAGCCCCCCGGGGCACCAUCACCCCCAAGCGCCAGUCCCCUGGGACACCAUCACCCCCAAGCGCCAGCCCCCUGGGACACCAUCACCCCCAAGCCCCAGCCCCCUGGGGCACCAUCACCCCCAAGCGCAAGUCCCCUGGGACACCAUCACCCCCAAGCGCCAGCCCCCUGGGGCACCAUCACCCCCAAGCGCCAGCCCCCCGGGGCACCAUCACCCCAAAGCGCCACCCCCCUGGGGCACCAUCACCCCAAAGCGCCACCCCCCUGGGUGCCAGCCCCCCGGGGCACCAUCACCCCCAAGCGCCAGCCCCCUGGGACACCAUCACCCCCAAGCCCCAGCCCCCUGGGGCACCAUCACCCCCAAGCGCCAGUCCCCUGGGACACCAUCACCCCCAAGCGCCAGCCCCCUGGGGCACCAUCACCCCCAAGCGCCAGCCCCCCGGGGCACCAUCACCCCCAAGCGCCAGCCCCCUGGGACACCAUCACCCCAAAGCGCCACCCCCCUGGGGCACCAUCACCCCAAAGCGCCACCCCCCUGGGGCACCAUCACCCCAAAGCGAACAAAAUCUCAACUCAACCCCAAAUCAUCAACUACAAAAACAUAA